AUGGUCACCCAGUGGAUGGGCUUCCAUGUGCACGUGCCCGCCGACGAGGAUGAGGAUGGGGACAAUGGCGGGAUGACAAUGCAAGGCGCCGAUGGCGUGCCUGGUGUGCACUCACCAUGUGACGAGCUGCGCAUGCAGGAGAUGGCAUGCAUGCUUCAGCUGCUCAUACACGGGUGUCUUGCCAUGAGCCUCUUCCCCGUGUACAACAACCACAAAGUCACCUUGCAGAGCUACAAGUUCCAUGGCUGGGGCAUGGGAAAACCACUAUCAGCACCAUGA